UCAGCCCCCAGCCGCCCGGCCGGCUGAAGCAUCGGCGCUGGGAGGCGGCGGCGCUGCUGAGAGGCAGGGACCCGAGCGCGAAGUGUGUGGGAGUCUACGAACUCAACCCCUCUCUACCCUCCCCUCACAGCCACCCCCCUCCCUCCCCGCCAGCCCCCCCCAACAAGCGGGAGAAAUAAUGAGCGAGACCGGGCGGCAGCAGCAGCAGCGCCGAGCAGCCCAGGCAACGGCAGAACCGCUCCGGCAGCGGCGGCGGCGGCAGCACCAGCAGCGGGAGCGAGCGCAACGCUAGCGCGGCGCGGGGACCGCCGCGCUCUUUCUCGGCUCCUGCCCUCUUCUGCCGCUCGCGCCUCUCUCGGCAUCCACCUCCUUCCCCUCCUCCUGCUCAUUCACUCUUUCCCUCACUCUCCCCUCCUCCUCGGCUUCUCCCCGCGCCCCGCCAGCCCUCGCGCUCUCCCACUCCCUCUGCCCGUCCUCCCCGGUCCCCUCCUCCCGCUCAUUCACUCGCCCCUCUCCCUUCUCCACUCUCUCCCCCUGUCUCCUUUCUUCUUCUUCUUUCACCCUCCGUCUCUCACACCCCCUCCAUUCCCCUGUCUCCUUUCUGACACUGCACUGCAGCUGCUCCUCAGCCCUGCCCCCUCCCCAGUGAGAACAAACCAGCAACAUUGCUUUUUUUCCUAAAGAGAUUUAUAUUGAUCCGAUUAAAAAAAAAAAACCUUAAGAAACCCCAAACGCAAAAAAAAAAAAAAAAAAAAAAAAGAAAAAGAAAAGAAAAGAAAAAGCCAAAACAAAAGGGAGAACCUUCUCCCGGUAGCAGCGGCAGGAACUGCAAACAUGAUGGCGGCAGCUCCCAUCCAGCAGAACGGGACCCACACUGGGGUUCCCAUAGACCUGGACCCGCCGGACUCGCGGAAAAGGCCGCUGGAAGCCCCCCCUGAAGCCGGCAGCACCAAGAGGACCAAUACGGGCGAAGACGGCCAGUAUUUUCUAAAGGUUCUCAUACCUAGUUAUGCUGCUGGAUCUAUAAUUGGGAAGGGAGGACAGACAAUUGUUCAGUUGCAAAAAGAAACUGGAGCCACCAUCAAGCUGUCUAAGUCCAAAGAUUUUUACCCAGGUACUACUGAGCGAGUGUGCUUGAUCCAGGGAACAGUUGAAGCACUGAAUGCAGUUCAUGGAUUCAUUGCAGAAAAAAUUCGAGAAAUGCCCCAAAAUGUGGCCAAGACAGAACCAGUCAGCAUUCUACAACCCCAGACCACCGUAAAUCCAGAUCGCAUCAAACAAACAUUGCCAUCUUCCCCAACUACCACCAAGUCCUCUCCAUCUGAUCCCAUGACCACCUCCAGAGCUAAUCAGGUAAAGAUUAUAGUUCCCAACAGCACAGCAGGUCUGAUAAUAGGGAAGGGAGGUGCUACUGUGAAGGCUAUAAUGGAGCAGUCAGGGGCUUGGGUGCAGCUUUCCCAGAAACCUGAUGGGAUCAACUUGCAAGAGAGGGUUGUCACUGUGAGUGGUGAACCUGAACAAAACCGAAAAGCUGUUGAACUUAUCAUCCAGAAGAUACAAGAGGAUCCACAAAGUGGCAGCUGUCUCAAUAUCAGUUAUGCCAAUGUGACAGGUCCAGUGGCAAAUUCCAAUCCAACCGGAUCUCCUUAUGCAAACACUGCUGAAGUGUUACCAACUGCUGCAGCAGCCGCAGGGCUAUUAGGACAUGCUAACCUUGCUGGCGUUGCAGCCUUUCCAGCAGUUUUAUCUGGCUUCACAGGCAAUGACCUGGUGGCCAUCACCUCUGCACUUAAUACGUUAGCCAGCUAUGGAUAUAAUCUCAACACAUUAGGUUUAGGUCUCAGUCAAGCAGCAGCAACAGGGGCUUUGGCUGCAGCAGCUGCCAGUGCCAACCCAGCAGCAGCAGCAGCCAAUUUAUUGGCCACCUAUGCCAGUGAAGCCUCAGCCAGUGGCAGCACAGCUGGUGGUACGGCGGGGACAUUUGCAUUAGGUAGCCUGGCUGCUGCUACUGCUGCAACCAAUGGAUAUUUUGGAGCUGCUUCUCCCCUAGCUGCCAGUGCCAUUCUAGGAACAGAAAAGUCCACAGAUGGAUCCAAGGAUGUAGUUGAAAUAGCAGUGCCAGAAAACUUAGUUGGUGCAAUACUUGGCAAAGGAGGGAAAACAUUAGUGGAAUACCAGGAGUUGACUGGUGCAAGGAUACAGAUCUCCAAAAAAGGAGAAUUCGUACCUGGCACAAGGAAUCGGAAGGUAACCAUUACUGGAACACCAGCUGCAACACAGGCUGCUCAAUAUUUAAUUACACAAAGGAUCACAUAUGAGCAAGGAGUUCGGGCUGCCAAUCCUCAGAAAGUGGGUUGAGUGCCCCAGUUACACAUCAGAUUGUUUUAACCCCUCCUUUACCCCAUUUUCAAGAAGGAUGUACUGUACUUUGCAGAAGUGAAGUUUUUCUGUUAUUAAUAUAUAAUUAUGCAAAUGAAUGCGACUAUGUUGACAAUGUGUA